CAUAGAUCCGGAGCAGAGGAGCGGACUAUGGCGCCCGCUGCGGAGCGGCCCUCCUCUAACUACCUGUUCACCGUUAACGACACCAGACCAGGACCUAACUAACUUAACUAACCAGCAGUGUGGCCCACCCAGACCCUUCGCUCUGCCCCCCGGUCCUCGGCUCUACCUCUGAGGUCUGAGGUUCAUCCCUCCACCCCUCUGCUCCCUCCACAGACUCAAAGCCAGUGCAUCAUGGUGGAUGUAACCAAAUGGCCCCUCUUCAGCCUGAUGGGGCCUGAGGAGCUCUCCACCAUCCUGAAGGCCUGCGUGUUUGGGACGUCUGCAAACGAGGCCAUCUACAUCACGGGUGAUGAUGAGGUCUAUGUGUUUGGGUUGAACUGCAGUAACUGCCUGGGCACAGGGGACAGCCAGAGCACCGUUGUCCCCAAGAAGCUGGACUUCCUGAGUGGGAGGAAGGUGGUCAGCCUGAGCUACGGCAGCGGACCCCACGUCCUGCUGGCCACAGAAGACGGAGAACUGUUUGCCUGGGGACAUAAUGGAUACAGCCAACUGGGAAAUGGGACAACCAACCAAGGAGUCGCCCCAGUAAUCGUGUCCGCCAACCUGCUCAAUAAGAAGGUCACAGAAGUGGCCUGUGGCUCUCACCACUCAAUGGCUCUGACUGACUCAGGAGAAGUGUACGCGUGGGGCUACAACAACUGUGGUCAGGUGGGCUCAGGCUCCACAGCGAACCAGCCCACCCCCCGCAGAGUGUCCAGCUGCCUGCAGAACAAGGUGGCUGUCAGUAUCGUCUGUGGUCAGACCUCGUCUCUGGCAGUGGUGGACAACGGAGAGGUGUACGGUUGGGGCUAUAAUGGGAACGGUCAACUGGGACUGGGAAACAACGGGAACCAGCUCACCCCCUGUCGACUUAUGGCUUUGCAGGGUUUAUGUGUGCAACAGCUUGUCUCAGGCUACGCCCACUCCCUGGCACUGACCGAUGAGGGGCUGCUGUAUGCGUGGGGCGCCAACACAUACGGACAACUGGGCACCGGCAACAAGAGCAACCAGCUCAGCCCAGUUCAGAUCAUGACCGAGAAAGAGAGAAUCGUAGAGGUCGCUGCCUGUCACUCCACGCACACAUCUGCUGCCAAGACGCAGAGUGGCCAGGUGUUCAUGUGGGGCCAGUGCAGGGGCCAGUCGAUAGUGCUGCCCCACCUCACACACUUUACCUGCACUGACGAUGUGUUCGCGUGCUUCGCCACCCCCUCAGUCAUGUGGAAGCUUCUCUCCAUGGAGCACGAUGACUUCUUGACCGUGGCUCAGUCUCUGAAGAAAGAGUUCGACAACCCAGAGACGGCCGACCUCAAGUUCUGUGUCGACGGCAAAUACAUCUACGUCCACAAAGCAGUUCUCAAAAUCAGGUGUGAACACUUCAGAUCCAUGUUUCAGUCCCAUUGGAACGAGGACAUGAAGGAGGUGAUUGAAAUCGACCAGUUCUCCUACCCGGUGUACCGCUCCUUCCUGGAGUUCCUCUACACGGACAACGUGGAGCUGUCCCCUGAAGAUGCUAUUGGGCUGCUGGAUCUGGCGACGUCAUACUGUGAGAACCGCCUGAAACGACUUUGUCAGCACAUCAUCAAGAGAGGGAUCACCGUGGAAAAUGCCUUCUCGCUGCUGUCGGCUGCUGUGCGCUAUGAUGCCGAGGACCUGGAGGAGUUCUGCUUUAAGUUCUGUGUGAAUCACCUGACCGAGGUCACCCAGACUGCUGCUUUCUGGCAGAUCGACGGCAACUUGCUCAAGGAUUUCAUUUGUCGAGCGAGCCGCUGCGGAGCCUUCAAAAACUGACCUCAGCCCGGGGUAACGAUGGCAACAGACGGAGAGGGGGCUGUGGAGUUCUGGGAGUGAAUUCUCAAAGGACGUCAUCCCCUCUGUAACUCUGGCUCCAGAGUGGAGAUCUUUAGAUAAUCGCUGGCAAAUCGGUUGUUCCUCUCAUUCCAGACUAGAAGCACUCUCCAUCAUGUGAGCUGCGCCCACUGACUUUAGAGGACAGAGCUGACAGAGCAACACGACAGCAGAGUCCAGAGCCCCAGUGCCUGACUGCCUACACAGUUACACAUGUUGUGUGAAGGGAACACUUAUCGCUUGAUCAAGGUGUUUCUUUCACAGAUUUUUCUGCCAGUUUGCUUCUUUACUAUUUCCAUUUAUCUGUUGAAUUGACCAAGACACUUGUUUAGGGUUUGCACUCAUAUUUUUUUGAUAUGAUUAUGUUUUGCUUUACUUUAAGAGCACAUCCUAAGUUUGGAUGCAGCAUCUGGUAUCAUGCUUUUCAGGUUGAGGCUCUUUGCUGUUAACCACUCAAAGAGCUUUACAGUACAAGUCUCAGUCAUCCAUUUAUUUACACAUUCGUACUGUGCUCCUUCUAUCACAAACUGUGGGAACAGCAGUCAGGGGCACUACAGCCUUCAGUAUCUUGCCCAAGGACACUUCAGAAUGCAGUGUAGGACCAGAGAAGCCGGGUAUCGAACCACCGAUCUUCUUGUCUACCUCCUGACUUGCCUCUGCAGCUGCGACACACGACUCUGAUCGAGUGUCUUGGUUGUUAUUUGACCCAAAUAUUGAAACUUGGGUUACAAGUGAGAUUCAGGGCAGUGUGAUUGAUCGAGGGCCUUAACCUACAACCGACACUGAGCCAGUCCCAGGUGUCUGCACCAGUUUCAGACCAACACAGUUGUUAUGUCCAGCACCCAAGCUUUUUUAAUUAAAAAUGCACUUAUGCACCCACGGGCGUUCUAGUCUUACUAUUUGGACUCUUCCUAAAUGCUCCAGACGCUGCAGACCAUGUGCUUCAUAUAGAGCCUCCAGUCUUAAACUGUGGAUUCCUCUUUAAAGUGAUGGCUUGCUUAGGUUGGAGAGUGUUAUUUUUGUGCAGCUAUUUAGUUUUUUUUAUAUUGCAACAAAACAAUAAGUGGCUGUUAACCUUUUACCAGCUGUAACGUAUGUAUGGAGCCAUUACAAAUCUGUUGAAAGCAUAUCUACUGGAUGUUGGAAGCAUUAUUUUACAGUUUUCACAUUGUGUGGGGACAUUUGCAGUUUUGCACUACUGCUGUGGGUGUUUUAAGGAUUUGCUCAAUUCUAUGCAGGAUAUUUCUCAUUUAAAAAUCAAUGUUUUAUUGAUUGAUACUGACUUAUGAGGUGCCAGUGACAUUUUGUGACCUGCUAGUAAAUAGAUAACAAGAAU